UCAUCCUUCCUCAUCCAUCAUUCUCAUAAGUAGAGUGCAUCAUUCAAGCCAAGCAAGCAGUGGUCAAUACAAAUCCACCAUGAAGACCUUUCUCAUCCUUGCCCUCCUUGCUAUCGUGGCGACCACCACCACAACUGCAGUUAGAGUUCCAGUGCCACAAUUGCAGCCACAAAAUCCAUCUCAGCAACAACCACAAGAGCAAGUUCCAUUGGUGCAACAACAACAAUUUCUAGGGCAGCAACAACAACAAUUUCCAGGGCAACAACAACCAUUUCCACCACAACAGCCAUAUCCGCAGCCGCAACCAUUUCUGCCACAACUACCAUAUCCGCAGCCACAACCAUUUCCACCACAACAAUCAUAUCCACAACCACAACCACAAUAUCCGCAACCACAACAACCAAUUUCGCAGCAACAAGCACAACUACAACAACAACAACAACAACAACAACAACAACAAAUCCUUCAACAAAUUCUGCAACAACAACUGAUUCCAUGCAGGGAUGUCGUCUUGCAACAACCCAAUAUAGCACAUGCAAGCUCACAAGUAUCGCAACAAAGUUACCAACUGUUGCAACAAUUAUGUUGUCAGCAACUGUGGCAGACCCCCGAGCAGUCACGGUGCCAAGCCAUCCACAAUGUCAUUCAUGCUAUUAUUUUGCAUCAACAACAACAACAACAACAACAACAACAACAACAACAACAACAACAACAACAACAACAACAACAACAACCGUCGAGCCAGGUCUCCUACCAGCAGCCUCAGCAACAAUAUCCAUCAGGCCAGGGCUUCUUCCAGCCAUCUCAGCAAAACCCACAGGCCCAGGGCUUUGUCCAACCUCAGCAACUGCCGCAGUUCGAGGAAAUAAGGAACCUAGCGCUGCAGACGCUACCAGCAAUGUGCAAUGUCUACAUCCCUCCAUAUUGCUCGACCACCAUUGCGCCAUUUGGCAUCAUGAGUACUAACUGAGAAGAGAAGAACUCUAUUACUAGAUAUAUGAAACACCGUUUUCUUAAAACAUGGUUUGGUCGUUGUAGCGGUGAAAAAUAAAGUGACAUGCACUAUCAUGUAAGAACCCGAACUAGACUAUUUCAAACUUGGAAAUAAAAGACAAACACAGGUCUUGUCUGCA